AUGGCCUCUGGGCGGAAAGACUUUCUGAGCCAGCCCGCCCCUGAGAACUACGUUGCGGGUCUUGGUCGCGGUGCGACCGGUUUCACCACCCGUUCAGAUCUAGGACCUGCGCGUGAAGGGCCCACGCCGGAACAGAUCCAGGCAGCGCUCGCGAAACGAGCGCAACAACUAGGAGCCGCGCCCCCGACUGCCUAUGGAGCCGGGCGAGAUAAGGGUGGCAAGGACGACAAAGCCGAAGACGAGGAGGAGGAUGGGCGGUUCCAGGAUCCCGACAACGAGGUGGGCUUGUUUGCCUACGGACAGUUCGAUCAGGAGGAUGAUGAAGCCGAUCGGAUCUACCGGGAGGUAGAUGAGAAGAUGGACAAAAGACGCAAGAUGCGAAGAGAAGCCCGAGAGCGGCAAGAGCGAGAGGAAUACGAACGCAAGAACCCCAAGAUUCAGCAGCAAUUUGCCGACCUAAAACGAUCGCUAGCCUCCGUCUCCGAAGACGAGUGGGCGAACCUACCGGAGGUGGGAGAUCUUACGGGCAAGAACAGGCGCGCGAAGCAGAAUCUCCGCCAACGGUUCUAUGCGGUGCCGGACAGUGUGAUUGCCAGUGCAAGGGAUUCGACGCAAUUUGAAACAACCGUGGCAGACGACGGUGCGCAGACCAGUGCCGCCGCGGGAGCAGAGAGUGCGGAUGGAACGAUAACGAAUUUUGCCAAUAUAAGUGCCGCGCGUGACAAGGUGCUACAGGUCAGACUGGAUCAAGCUGCAAUGGGCUCAUCGGGCGACUCGGCCUCGGGAAGCGCCACCAACAUCGACCCUAAGGGCUAUCUUACAAGCCUCACCCAGUCGGAGCUCAAGGCGGGCGAGGUGGAAAUUGGCGACAUUAAACGGGUUCGCGUUCUUUUAGAAUCAGUAACGAAGACGAACCCCAAGCAUGCUCCCGGGUGGAUAGCUCUGGCUCGUCUGGAAGAACUUGCUGGUAGAGUUGUGACGGCCCGGAAUGUCAUCGCCAAGGGCUGCGAAUUAUGCCCGAAAAGUGAAGACGCCUGGCUGGAGAACAUCCGGCUCAACGAAGGACAUAACGCCAAGGUUAUAGCUGCAAAUGCGAUCAAGAACAACGACCGCUCAACAAGACUAUGGAUUGAGGCGAUGAGACUGGAAACCGAGCCCCGCGCCAAAAAGAAUGUGCUCAGACAAGCUAUUCUUCACAUUCCCCAGUCCGUUGUCAUUUGGAAAGAGGCCGUCAACCUGGAGGAAGACCCAGCAGAUGCACGUCUUCUUCUCGCAAAGGCAGUUGAAAUUAUACCUCUGUCAGUGGAGCUUUGGCUUGCUCUGGCGCGCCUCGAGACCCCAGAAAAUGCGCAGAAGGUUCUUAAUGCUGCUCGAAAAGCCGUCCCUACCAGCCACGAAGUCUGGAUCGCAGCCGCGAGGUUGCAGGAACAAAUGGGUACAUCCGAGAAGGUCAACGUUAUGAAGAGGGCUGUACAGAGCUUAGCAAGAGAGAACGCGAUGCUUAAGAGGGAGGAAUGGAUCGCCGAGGCUGAGAAGUGUGAGGAGGAGGGUGCCAUUCUCACUUGCGGUGCUAUUAUCCGCGAGACUCUCGGAUGGGGUCUCGACGAGGAUGACGACCGUAAAGACAUCUGGAUGGAGGAUGCCAAGGCUAGUAUUGCCCGCGGCAAGUACGAAACAGCUAGGGCUAUCUACGCCUAUGCACUCCGUGUUUUCGUCAAUCGCCGAUCUAUCUGGCUGGCGGCAGCUGACCUCGAGCGCAACCAUGGUAGCAAAGAGGCACUAUGGCAGGUGCUUGAAAAGGCCGUGGAAGCCUGUCCUCAAAGCGAGGAGCUGUGGUUACAGCUUGCUAAAGAGAAAUGGCAAUCUGGAGAAAUCGACGAUGCUCGACGAGUGCUCGGCCGUGCUUUUAAUCAGAACCCGAACAACGAAGAUAUCUGGCUGGCUGCUGUCAAAUUGGAGGCGGAUGCCGACCAGACAGCCCAGGCCAGAGAACUUCUUUCCACGGCCCGCCGUGAAGCAGGAACAGAUCGUGUAUGGGUCAAGAGUGUCGCAUUUGAGCGGCAACUGGGCAACGUUGACGAGGCGCUUGACCUCGUCAACCAAGGUCUCCAACUCUACCCUAAAGCUGACAAGUUAUGGAUGAUGAAAGGCCAGAUUUACGAAGCCCAGAACAAGUAUCCUCAGGCGAGGGAGGCUUAUGGAGCCGGUACCAGAGCGUGCCCCAAGUCGGUACCGCUCUGGCUGUUGGCCUCACGGCUGGAAGAAAAGGCCGGGGCGGUCGUCAAAGCUCGCUCGGUUCUAGACCGCGCCCGCCUUGCAGUACUCAAGAGCCCGGAAUUGUGGACCGAGAGUGUUCGCGUGGAACGACGUGCCAACAACAUCGCCCAGGCUAAGGUCUUGAUGGCCAAAGCCCUGCAAGAGGUCCCCACAUCUGGUCUGCUAUGGAGCGAAAGCAUUUGGCACCUCGAGCCUCGCUCGCAGAGAAAGGCCCGCAGCUUGGAGGCUAUUAAGAAGGCCGAUAACGACCCGAUUCUUUUCAUCACGGUGGCUCGCAUCUUUUGGGGGGAGCGUCGACUGGAGAAGGCAAUGACCUGGUUUGAAAAGGCCAUUGUCACCGACAGUGACUUGGGCGACGGGUGGGCUUGGUAUUAUAAGUUCCUGUUGCAGCACGGUACAGAUGAGAAACGAGCAGAUGUCGUGGCUAAAUGUAACAUGACCGAACCGAAGCACGGCGAAGUCUGGCAAUCAAUAUCCAAAGACCCGUCCAAUGCGCGCAAGUCAACAGAGGAGAUUCUCAAAAUGGUUGCCGACCGUCUCACUCAAUGA